UUGCCGACAGGACGUAGAACGGGCACGCCGAAAUCAGUGGCGGUUGGGCAAUUCAGCUGGAAGAAGCAAUUGCUGCGGGGUCUGUGACACAUCCAAGCUCGCUCGGCUCCGGUCAGAGGGCAAGCCAUCCAUCCAUCGCCAUGUCGAACGCAGCGGUCGGACCUGUCUACGACACCAUCAUCACCGAAGUUAUCAAUGCCGUGCGCGUCGAUUUCGAGGAGAACGGCGUCGAUGAUAGCGCGUUGGAGGACCUGAAAAAGACAUGGCAACACAAGCUGUCCCAGAUGAACUUGGCGCAGUUCCCAUGGGACCCCAAGCCCGAACCGCCGCCAACGCCGGCGUCGGCUAACGCACCCCCGGCGUCUGCGCCCCCUAGUGCGCCCCCUAUUACCGCCAAUUACACACAGUCCACGCUGAGUCCCCAGUCCUCCGCUCAGACUCUCUCGCUUCCAGGGUCGCUUCAUCCAAACUCAAACUCGGUGGGCACGAAGCAGGAGCCGGGUUUUACCCAGGCCGAGCCCACCAUUAAGCAGGAACCCGGUCUUCCCCCGGCUCCCUCCGGCUACAACCCCGCCAACGGAGUCCCGCCCAUAGCAGCACAGAGAGCCGCUUCGGCGCUGCACAACCAGUAUGGCCCGCGGGCUGCUAAGUCCAUCGCUCAGAUUAACUCCGCCGCCCAGCAAUCUCAUCAGAAUCAAAGACCCGGCCAGGUGCCUCAGCAGCAUAUGAACCCGCACCAGCAGCAGCAGCAGCAGCAGCAGCAGCAGCAACAACAACAACACCUGAACCCGCAGCAACAGUACAGGCAGAACGUUGCCGCCGCUAUGCAGCAGCAGCGAAUGCAACAAGUCAACCGGACGGGGCCCAACGGUCUGCCGACCUCUCAGGUUGAUGGACCCAGCGAUGCAGCUGAGGCCGCGUCCUCUGUCACCAUGGAUCGUGCUCAGAUCGAUGAGCUCCUCCAUGCCCAACUUGCAGCGAGAGCCAAGCAAAUGGAAGGCGGCGGCCUGAUGCUGCCGCUCAAGCAGGCGACCAAGGACCGCAGCGUUGCUAGCAAGCAAGCCGGUGCUACUGGCCCUGCCCAGUUUGAUGGCGGGUUAGAUGACGAUGGAAAGAGCGAGGAUGAUGACGAGGAUGCCAUCAACUCUGACCUCGAUGAUCCCGAUGAGAUGGGUGACGACGACGAGGACGAGGAUGAUUCAAUGGGCCAUAUGAUGCUCUGCAUGUACGACAAGGUGCAGCGCGUCAAGAACAAGUGGAAGUGCAUCCUCAAGGACGGAGUGCUUACCGUCAACGGCAAGGAAUACGUCUUCGCCAAGGCGACCGGCGAAUACGAGUGGUGACCACAUCGGCGGUCGUUGCCCAUAGUCAGCCUCGGCUCGUACUGGAGUUCGGUAUUCCUGACGCGUUGUGAUUUUGGCGGAAAGGCUCCCGGCACUUCCUGG